AUGGUUGGCAAGGACGGGCAAUACCAUUAUUAUCUGAAUUACGAAAUCAGAGUGGGCUUCUUCUCAGCACGCAUGGACUUCUCUCUGUGGUAUCUCGACAAACAGUAUGGCAAGAUCGAGGCCGAGUUUUUCUGGACGAGACUGAGCACCUCAUACCUGCCUCUACUGCCCAUGUUCAGCUACUGA